GGAGGUGGGCUGUGUGCAGUAAACUGGAAUGCUCUCGCUCCCUCACUCCUCAGUGUAGGAGUGCUCUGAAGCAGGACAAUCUCAACCUGCAGCUGCCUUUGGCUUUGUGUGGACUGGACGCGGAGCUUGGAAGAGGGGGGAGGGUCAUUACUCCAGUUCACAGUCAGUGGAUUUACAGCUCUAGCCGCAUUGUAUAUAUACAUAUAUAGGAUUGCUUUUGCUCGUCUUUCUGGAGACACUCUGAUCCAGUAUAUUUUAAGGAAGAGACCCAUAAAAGAAAUCUAAAAUGCCAGCCAUUUUUUUUUUCAUGAAGAAUAUUUGAAUUAAGUUUUACUUGUCUCUUAAAAAAGAAUACCUGUUCUUGCAAAACGUGAUUGACUAUACCAGAAAUUGAGACAGCACAAGAAGUUAAAGCUGGAACUAGCUAUUUCACAGCAGGUAAUCAUACCUCAGGAUGUAGCUACUGUACAGAGUUUAUACUUGGAUAAUUCUGGAUGGGAAUAAAGGUGGGAGGGGUAGCUGCCUGAAAAACCUACUACCACACAGACCUUAACCACCAUGAAUGGCUUUCUUCAUGCGGAUCUGAAGUUACUAUCUCUGACCACAUUGCACAGAAGAGCCAAUAAGAAUUUCAAAGAGAGCAAUUUCCACUAAGGGAAUUAAACUACACAAAAGGAACCAUCACAUAGAAACUAUAUCAGAAAGGAAGAAAAAAAAAAAAAAAAAGACUCAUAGGAAGCUAUGUGUUCUACAUAUUAACAGGAAGCUGAAUUGUUUGUGACCCUCACUUUAAUAAUUUGCCCACCUUGCUGAACCACAACUGGAAUGUUCACUGACAGCAGCAAGUCACAUUUGGAGGUGUGUACAACAUAGAAUUACUUGACUAAACAGUGAAGAACACUUGCAAGGACUAAACAAGAGUUUUAAAAUCUCAGCCCCCAUCGCCAAGAAAGUAAUAUAUGUGCAUUGGAUUUUCACUUACACAAAAUUUACUUACAUCGUUCAAUAAGGGCUUUGAAGGCUUUGAAGCUACCCUGAGUAAAGACCUCCACACUGCUGACCAUGACCAGCCCAGCCUGGAGCAUCUUCCUCAUUGGGACUAAAAUUGGGCUGUUCCUUCAGGUGGCACCUCUAGUAGUUAUGGCUAAGUCCUGUCCAUCUGUGUGCCGCUGUGAUGCAGGUUUCAUUUACUGUAAUGACCGUUUUCUGACAUCCAUUCCGACAGGAAUACCGGAGGAUGCUACAACUCUCUACCUUCAGAACAACCAAAUAAACAAUGCUGGGAUUCCUUCAGAUUUGAAAAACUUGCUCAAAGUAGAACGAAUAUAUCUAUACCGCAAUAGUUUAGAUGAAUUUCCCACCAACCUCCCAAAGUAUGUAAAAGAGUUGCAUUUGCAAGAAAAUAACAUAAGGACUAUCACAUAUGAUUCACUGUCAAAAAUCCCCUAUCUGGAAGAAUUGCAUUUAGAUGACAACUCGGUCUCUGCAGUUAGCAUUGAAGAGGGGGCAUUCCGAGACAGCAAUUAUCUCCGACUACUUUUCCUGUCCCGAAAUCACCUAAGCACAAUCCCCUGGGGUUUGCCCAGGACUAUAGAAGAACUACGCUUGGAUGAUAAUCGCAUAUCCACUAUUUCAUCGCCAUCUCUUCAAGGUCUCACCAGUCUAAAACGUCUAGUUUUAGAUGGAAACUUAUUGAACAACCAUGGAUUAGGCGAUAAAGUUUUCUUCAAUCUUGUCAACUUAACAGAACUGUCACUAGUGCGGAAUUCCCUAACGGCUGCACCAGUAAACCUUCCAGGCACAAACUUGAGGAAACUUUACCUGCAGGAUAACCACAUCAAUCGGGUGCCCCCCAAAGCUUUUUCCUAUCUAAGGCAGCUGUAUCGACUUGAUAUGUCCAAUAAUAACCUAAGCAAUUUACCGAGGGGUAUCUUUGAUGAUUUGGACAAUAUAACCCAACUAAUUCUUCGGAACAAUCCCUGGUAUUGUGGAUGCAAGAUGAAAUGGGUACGGGACUGGUUACAGUCACUACCUAUGAAGGUCAACGUACGUGGGCUCAUGUGCCAAGCCCCAGAAAAAGUUAGAGGGAUGGCUAUCAAGGACCUCAGUGCGGAACUGUUUGAUUGUAAGGAUAGUGCAGUUGGAAGCACCGUUCAGAUAACCACUGCAAUACCCAAUACGGUGUAUCCUGCUCAAGGACAGUGGCCAACUCCAGUGACCAAACAGACAGACAUCAGGAACUCCAAGUUCAGUAAAGACCAGCAAACUACAGGGAGCCCAGCAAGAAAGACAAUUAUAAUUACUGUGAAAUCUGUCACCGCUGACACAAUUCAUAUCUCUUGGAAACUUGUCCUACCUAUGACUGCUUUAAGACUCAGCUGGCUCAAACUGGGCCACAGCCCAGCAUUUGGAUCUAUAACAGAAACAAUUGUAACAGGGGAACGCAAUGAAUACUUGGUCACAGCUCUGGAGCCUGAUUCACCCUAUCGAGUCUGCAUGGUUCCUAUGGAAACCAGUAACCUCUACUUAUUUGAUGAAACCCCUGUUUGUAUUGAGACAGAAACUGCACCACUUCGAAUGUACAACCCUACAACCACCCUUAAUCGAGAGCAAGAGAAAGAGCCUUACAAAACCCCCAAUUUACCACUGGCUGCCAUCAUUGGUGGGGCUGUGGCCCUGGUAACCAUUGCUCUUCUUGCUUUAGUGUGCUGGUAUGUCCACAGAAAUGGAUCACUCUUUUCCAGGAACUGUGCAUACAGCAAAGGGAGGAGAAGAAAGGAUGACUAUGCGGAAGCUGGCACUAAAAAGGACAACUCUAUCCUGGAAAUCAGGGAGACAUCUUUUCAGAUGUUGCCAAUAAGCAAUGAACCAAUCUCAAAGGAGGAAUUUGUAAUACACACCAUAUUUCCUCCUAAUGGAAUGAAUCUGUAUAAAAACAAUCACAGUGAAAGCAGUAGUAACCGGAGCUAUGGAGACUACAGAGACAGUGGUAUUCCAGACUCAGAUCAUUCACACUCAUGAUGCUGGAGGACUUGCAGCAGACUGUUUUGUUUUUUAUAAAACCUAAGGAGUUGAUGGUAGGAGCCCUGUUCUACUGCAAAACACUGGAAAAAAAAAAAGAGAGAGAAACUGAAAAAAGCAAUGUACUGUACAUUUGCCAUAUAAUUUAUAUUUAAGAACUUUUUAUUAAAAGUUUCAGAUGUCAGGUUACUGCUGCGAUUGAUGUAGUGGAGAUGCCUGAACACAAUUCUAUAUUUUAGUAUUUUUUAGUAAUUUGUACUGUAUUUUCCUUGCAAAUAUUGAAGUUAUAAAUCAUUUACUUUGUGUUCUACUGAGUAAGAUGACUUGUUGACUGUGAAAGUGAAUUUUCUUGCUGUGUUGAACAAUCAGGACUGCAUUCACAUGAGAUCCUUGUAGUAUAAGCACAGGCCAUUCUUCACUUUGGUAGUAAUAAAAUGUAAAGAAAAAACCUGGCUGAAUAAGAACAAUUAAAUUUCAAAAAAAUAGUUAUGAAAUAAUGUUCUAAUUAUUAAAUUUGUAUUAUCCCUGUGAUAGUCAAUAAAUCAAAAUAUGUGAAGUAAUGGGCAAUAUCACAUCUGCUGCAUAUCUCCAUUUUAUCUUUAAAUAAUUAAAUAUCCUUAAGAAAAUAAGCAUAUAAUCCCAACUAAAUACAUCAGGCGGCAUCAAAGGAAAGUGAAGUCUAUUGUUAAAGCCAUUUCCAGCAAAGCUUUGGGAAUAAAGGACUUCACAAAAAUAAGAACGUAAGUGUGCUUCCAAGCUAAGGGGGGAAUUUGCACUUAGGAAACCAUGAAAACCUAAAUUUCCAUUGCAAUAAUGAACCACAGAUAUCAGAAUUGCAUUUUUAUUUUGUCCAUACCAUCCUGAUUUUUUUUAAAGUGAGUUCUAAAUGCAGACUUGUUAGUAUUUACUAUGCUUUUAUAUAAAGAAUGUCAAAAAGAAACCUCAGAUGUAUGGAAAAGAUCACUAUAAGUAAUUCCCCUUAGCAAAUCUAGAGAAAGUAAUACUUUAAAUAAGUGAGAAUUUAAAAAAUGAAUAAAUAUUAGAGAUCAAAUUUACAUUUGGCUUAUACAAAGUGCUUUCAACACUACAUAAAUAUUUGGUUAUCUUUCAUAAUGAUCAAGAAUACUGCCCAUUACAGUCACAGAUUCACAGCUAUUACAUAACAAACUUGUAAUAUUACUUUCUGGCUUCCCACUGAAUUGUGAGCUAUUUCUUGUUUAAAAACUACAUCACUUUUCUGUUGCCAUGAUUUUUUUUCCAACAAAAAACCAAAGUGCAUUGUACGCCUUUGGCCAGUCUUGUAUGUGCCUUGAUCCAAUGCUACAUGUAUUCAGCCUUUAAACUCCAGACAUAUUUUUCAUAAUUCCUUAAAUAUGAAAAAUUAUGGUCUUAUUGCUGAAUAAAACAAAAAAGUACAAAAUAGUUGUGCUUGCUUUUUCGGGAUUAUGUUACUAUCAAUUAAGUAGCAAAUGGCCCAGCACAUUAGUCCUAAACACCCCCAUGUAUUUUUCUAGGCAUAAAAAUAAAUGUUGGCUACAAAUAAAGAAAAGCAGUAUCUUGAGCUUGUGUACCAUUUUACUUCAAGAAUUCAGUGUUUCAUGCAUAAAUAAAUAUCCUAAUAGUCUUGGGA